AUGAACCCCCGUCUCCCUCCUCUCGCCAACAAGUCCUCCCUCACCUACAAGCUCACCUCGCUGUCGAAACAAAAACUCGCCCGCGAAGCCACCGCCCCGGACCCCGACAUCCGGCGCUGUCUGGGCCACUUCCGUCUGCACGUGAUGUCCAUGGAGUGGGCGCAGAAGGAGAUGACGACGCGCAUCAACUCGUUCGAGCUGGAGGACGAGAGCGACGAGGAAGAGGACGCCGUCGUUGACGACGUCAAGGAGAUGGCGGAUAACGAGGUCGUGGCCGACCAGCCGCUGCCGGUCUCGAAGAAGACGGAGACGGACGACGACGACAGUGUCGCUGUUACCGACGAGGAAGACAAGGAGGCCCAGGCCCGCUUCCACGUCUCGUUCGAGCAGGCCUCCACGCAGCCCUCGUCCACCGCCGGGUCCGCCGAUCUGCUGGACGAGGUGACCACCACGAUCCCGCCCUCGGGCCUGCCGGUCCACGAGUCGGAGAUGCCGGCGUCGACGAACCCGCUGCCCACGACGCACAUGCAGACGCAAACGAAUGCGUCGGCCAACACGACCCCCGUGAACUCGGACGGGGAGUCUGACGGCGAGAAGGAAGAUAAUGACACCGCCACCGAGACGGACUACGAGACGGAAACGCAGACCGAUACAGAGACCGAGACGGCGGCCACGGACACCGACCCGGAGACGGAGUAUGAGCCGGAUUCCGACCAAAAAAAAAGUCCAGAAGGCACAUUGCUCGAAAAGGGCCGAAAUUGCAUUGAGAAGACCGUUCAGAACUCUCACUUCUGGCCGUCGAAUCACGGGCAAUGCAUGCCCGUCCGGAUCUCGGGGUGA